UGAACAGUGAUGGCGACUGAGGGGGAGGCGGUCAAAGUGGAGGGGGGGCAUGUGUCUGUGACCACGAUCAGCAUGUCCGGGCCGGAAACGAGCAAUGGUCAAUUUUCGUAUAGUUCGAGCGGAGUGCGGAUCAGUGUAUCCUCGGACCCCCACGAUGAGGACUCUACAGACGCUGAGAUAUCGAAAAUCGACUUCUCACAACACCAGUACGAGGUAAACAUGCGUAACAAGAAAAAGCGGUCGUCCAGCGGACACGAGCCAGGGGACACGGAGAGGCCCAUGUCCUGGGAAGGGGAGCUGUCCGACUCCGAAAUGGUCAUAGACACCAGCGUCAACAUGAAUGACCCAUGCAGCUCACCGGACCUACAGUCGUCUCGGGACUCCAUAGACACCCUUCGCAACGUGACCAUAAAGCAGGAGCCUCUGAAAACGGAGCAGUUCCAAAGCCUGGACGACCAACGUGUGCUGGACCUCAAGUACACGCCGAUACAGCCACAUCAGAGAAGUCUUAGUAUGAACCGGAUAUCUGUAGUAACGGAAAGCGCCCCGCUGCGUCGCCCUUCGUCCCCCGCAGCCAACAUGGAGGCCCACCCCAUGCCGCAGCCUCAAGGGGAGAUACAGAACCUCACCAUCAAGAAGGAGAGUCGAGAGUUGUCAGAGCUAAAAUGCGAGCCGUCAGUGGGCAUGGAGAAGUUGUUGGGCGCCCUCCACGGCUCCCCACUGCUGGGCAGACUGCCGCGAGUCCAGUCUAGCGCCAGCACGGAUUCCGCCGUCCAUUCCAUGUAUACACACAGUGUCUACAGCAGCCCAUCGGCCAGUCCGCGAGCGUCGCGGCACUACACCCCGUCUCUUUCUCGCAACAACAGCGACGCAUCGCACUCUUCCUGUUACUCUUACAGCUCGGAGUUCUCACCCACGCACUCACCUGUGCAGAGUCGGCAUCCGCACGUCCUCUACCGGGAGCAGAACCCCGUGUUCCCCGCUUCGUCGGCCGACGACGAGGAUACCGGAGAAGACCGUCUACACCACCACCAGGGCAUCAGCAGGCAGCAGCUCAUUAACAGCCCCUGCCCCAUAUGCGGCGACAAAAUAAGCGGUUUUCACUACGGCAUAUUCUCCUGCGAGUCCUGCAAAGGGUUCUUCAAGCGGACCGUCCAAAACAGAAAGAACUAUAUGUGUCUACGCGGCGGCAGUUGUCCUGUCACGGUCGCCACUAGGAAAAAGUGCCCGGCGUGUAGAUUUGACAAGUGCCUUGGCACUGGGAUGAAGCUGGAAGCCAUACGAGAAGAUAGAACACGAGGCGGCCGCUCAACGUACCAAUGCUCUUACACAUUAUCAGGAGCAGUGUCGACUGGUUCAUUACUCUCCGCGCCCGUGCCUCCUACGUUACGCCACGCCUCGAGCCUCACUUGCGUGAACGGCCCCGGCUCAUACAGCCGAGGGGAGACCAGCAACAGUCGACUCACGCCGGAGAUACCCCCGUUAUUGCAGGAAAUAAUGGAUGUGGAGCAUCUCUGGCAAUACAACGAGUCGGAGCUGAACCGCCUGGGCAAGUCAACGGGCAGCCCCUCGGCCAACCCUUUACUAGCAGCCUCAGGAAUCACGGCCCAGAACUCUAGCCCAGACUUUCUGGCAGAUCUGUGCAACAUAGCCGAUCAUAGGCUGUACAAGAUCGUCAAAUGGUGCAAGAGCUUGCCGCUAUUUAAGAAUAUUUCGAUCGACGACCAGAUCUGCUUGCUGAUCAACAGUUGGUGCGAGCUACUAGUACUGUCUUGCUGCUAUCGCGGUGUGGGGACCCCAGGGGAAGUACGCGUGGGGGGAGGGAGGGGCAUCACGCUACACCAGGCUGCCAAAUUGGGUCUGACUCCGUGCAUAGAGCGUAUGCUGAGCUUCACGGACCACCUCCGACGGCUGAGGGUCGAUAGGUACGAGUACGUGGCGCUCAAGGUCAUCGUGCUGCUCACGUCAGACGCCCCAGAGCUAAGAGAAGCGGAGAAAGUCCGCGCCUCACAAGAGAAGGCGCUAGGUGCGCUACAGGCCUACACGGCGUCGCACUCGCCAGACACGCCUGCCAAGUUUGGCGAGCUGCUGCUGCGUAUACCGGAGCUGCAGCGCACCUGCCAGUUCUUCAUGCAAGUUGGCAAAGAAAUGUUGAACCCGGCGAACAAAAGCAAAGACGGCGACGGACCCAGCUUCAAUCUGCUGAUGGAGCUGCUAAGGGGAGACCACUGACAGUACACUGGUAUUUGCUCAAUAUAGGACCCCAACGGUGUACAUACAUGUACGAGUUUUGAGGCGAAAAUCGUAUGCGUUCAUUUCGAGUAGUUUAUGCUAUUUUAAGGGUCCCCGGCAAGCUCGAUUCUCCAUACAAACGUAGUUACGCUCUCAUUUUAAAACGAGUAGCCAGUUUGCUCUAAAACUUUGUACGUACAAUAGGAGAAGGUCUAUGUAUGUAAUUAGUUUAUGUAGCUUCAGAUACCAUAGUUAAAAAAAUACAGCGAAUUUAAGGUUUUCAUACAAAACUUGUUUUUGCUCUAUUUCGUUUGUUUUAUAAACUGGAGCUAUAUAAACUAAUUACAGACCUAGAUACAAUCAUCCAUAUGUGCAAAGUUUCAUUACAAUCGAAUACGUAGUUUUAAAAUGACAACGAAACUCCGUUUGUAUGGGAAGGUGGAAUUCGGCCGAGCUUGCCGGGGACUUAAGGUUUUAUUUAGGUAUUUAUAAUCGUGUGAUUUUCGGAGAGACCAGCGGGCCUACGAAAAUCGAAAUUUCGUUGUCUGCCUCUCUAUCGCCCUCACGUAUUGGAGCGAUAAAGAGAAAAGUAAAAAUGUGCCGGAGUAAUUUAUGGGGUGAUAAAGACGCGUCAUCAUUUCAAUACAUUAUUUAAGUUUCAUUAGCGUUUUCCAUAAACAAUUGUCAUUCGGCUAGAUCCUUAGGUCUCAAUUUUUAAGCACGGAUAGUACUGAGACCCGUUCGUUUUGACAACCAGUAAUACUUGAGUAAAUCUGUAAAAUUAUCAAAGUAAGUUUCACGAAAGUUUUAAUUCAAUUGUACUUUAUCUAAUACACAUCUUCUCGCGUUCUAAUCGUAACUUAAUUGCAAGAAACUCGUACCAAAUGGCCGAUAAAAUAAUUUUUUUAACGCCAUUCGAGAACCAUUUGUGACGUUUUCAACUAAAAGGUACCACAUUGUCGGUUGUAAAUAAGUACCCUUUUCGUUGAAAACGGCACAUUUACAAAAUGUUAGCGCUUUUACAAUUACGUAGUUAUUGUAAGUAUCCGAUGGAUGUUUUGUAAUUGUAAAAGUUUUUUUGUUCUUAUUUACUGACAAUUUGGUUUGAUCAACAAAUUUUUGUUGUUAUUUUUUCCGUUAGCCAGGAGACAAUAGUAAAUAGUGUGUUAGAAAUGAUGUAUCGCACGAGAAUAACAUGAUUAGUAAAUAUUAUGACCUUAAAUAGAAUAAAAUUACUACUAGAGAAAUGCAUAUUUGUGGUCUUAAAGUGUGACCCAGGAGACGAAAUUGUGGCAACGAGCGAUAAAAAAGUUAAUUGUCCCAAUUUAUUACUUGAAAUUGCCAUUGACAAUCGCAUCACACGGAAUGUGUGAAAUUAGUUGUAGCCAUGUUGUAAAAUAGAUAUAUGGCGCUAUGUACAUAUAUGUGAAAAUAAAAUAAUGAUAUUUUGGUAAACUUUAAAUGGAUACUCGUAUGUUUUGAUACGUAUAUAAUAUUAAGCUAUCUGCUGCAAUAUGUCUGGUGAAAUUGAAUAUUUACAUAUAUCUAUUUAUUAAGUGCCAUACGUGUAAGAAUAUAUUUGCCAAAACCUUAAAGAAUUCUGGCGUGUAUAAUCAUUUGUAUGACAGUAUAGAAUAGAUGGUAGUUUAAGUAAUAACUAUGUAGUAGACUUACAAAAAGAUUUUUUUACAAGUCGAUAACCACUUUCUAUUUUACUUAAAAUAACUCGGUUUUUCAUCACAAAAACAAAUUAUCGUAUCAAAAAUUACCUAAAGUGGCCAGCGUAUACCAACUUUUAAUUAGAAUGGCAUCUAUUACUUAAUCUUUAAGUUCUAAUGAUGCUUUUAUCCUUUCAGCCCUUUAACUUUCCUUGAGGUUUAUAUUAGAGUGAAUACAAUAUACUAUCACGUAUCUUAUAUGACUCAUCACAUCUAUAAAAUAUUAAAAACACGUAUUAUUUAUCUAAGUAUUAACUAAAAUUUAUAUUUCUUUCAGUAUUAUUUCGCAAUGCAAAGAUUUAUAAAAAGAAAUCCUGUUACAUUAUAUUUUUGCAUUAUAGAUAUUUUCUAUACAUUUGUUAUGAGGAAAUUUGGCCAAAUAAGGUAUUUUUUGUUAUUCAAUGAGGUUAACAUUAUUAUUUGGACCAAAGCUUACAUUUUACUACAAUAUCUACAUUUUUCGUAAUAAAAUUCGUUCACCUGUCAUGAAACAUUCUAAACAUUUCGUUAGACCUUAAACACGCAACGACAACAAUAAACGAUUGUUUUUUAUUUUAUUUAUCUUGUAUAUGUAUAAGGUUCGAAAAAUGACAAAUUUCUAGAGCUCAUACACAAAACUUUUGUUUAAGAUGUUAGGAAUACGCCUAACUUCUAUAUACGGUAGGUAGGUAACAUGUUUUAAAUAAUUCUACGUGUUUUUUUUGUGAGCGUCAGGAUGGCGGGUGGACCAAUAUUUAUA